AUGGCCUCAGCAACAGCAAUAGCACCAGUAGACUGGGGCAAGAUGUUGAAUGAGAUGGCAAUCAACUUGGUCUUCUUCACACCAGCAUAUGUAGUGCACAUUACAAAGUGUCUGUCAAUGCUUAGAGAGUAUGACUUUCUUCGCAGACGACAGACUCCACACUUGAUGCGCUUUGCCAUCUACUUUGUUUCAGACUUUGUCAGUUCAACUCUAUUCGCACUAAUGCUUGGCGUCUCACCAAAGUGGCUACACAACAACGUGGCCCUAACAAUCAACCUCACCAUCUGGUUCAUCUACUCACUCUUCCCUCCAAUCAUUCGUAUCCUUGAUACUCCAUUAGGCAGGGCACUUGAACUAAUAUUCAUGACAACAAAGGUUGCCGAUGAUAUUAUAUCAAUAUAUGAUCUGCCAAUGUCACCUAAUCAACCUUGGCGUCAAGGUUCAUAUGGUUCACCGGUACUCCCACCAUCACUCCUUGGCUCUUUAUUCCUCUCGCUCACCAAGGCUGUAUCUGGAAGUUUGAUCAAGAAUCUAUUUCUCAAUCACUACAAACCUGGCAAGAGGAGUCCUCUAUCUGAUCCAUCAAUAUCCUUCAAGACUGCGGCCAUAAUGUCAAUACUCUACCACUUCCUCGCCAAUCCACACGCCGGGAUCAUCUCGUCUGUGUUUGUUGUGCAGCUGAUACAACCGUUGCAGGCAAAGUUUAUUAUGCAUCUUGUCUAUGGCCCUGUACUGGUCUACGAGUUCCUCACAUCAAAGCCCAGCAACAGCCUGUCUCGUAGUGGUAGCUUCUACUCCAAGCCCAACAAAAAGCUGCCCGAGGACAUGCUCUGA